AAAAAAAAAAAAAAAAAAAAAUCUUUCUUUCUUUGUUUCUUUCCUUCUUCAAUGAUAAAUGAAAGAAAAGCAGCAAACGCCCUCUCCGGCAAGACUGCUCGAGCUUGCGAGGGCUGUUCACGGAAGAGAGCGCGGUGGUUCUGUGCAGCUGAUGACGCUUUUCUUUGCCAGUCUUGUGAUGAAUCGGUCCAUUCUGCAAACCAAUUAGCUCGAAGGCAUGAAAGAGUCCGGCUUGAGUCUUCGUCUUUCAAGCCAACGGUUUCUAAUGAAUAUAUUCCGGCAUGGCAUCAAGGCUUCACCAGAAAAGCAAGAACUCCUAGACACAACAACAACAGCAAUAAGAAAAUCUUUAAUAAUAAUAGUAAUCUUCCUCUUGUUCCGGAAAUUGGUAAUGAAGAAGAAGGAAAUGGUAUUGCUGCUGAUGAAGAUGAAGAUCAGUUUCUCUAUAGAGUACCAGUGUUUGAUCCUUUCGAGGCAGAGCUUUGCGCGGAUGAUCUAUAUAAUGAAGAAGAAGGAAAUGAAAUUGCCAUUGGAAAUGAUCAAGAAAGAAUAAAUAUGGGUACUGAUGAUAAUUUGGAUAAUUAUUAUUUACCUUCUGAUAUGGAUCUUGCUGAGUUUGCUGCAGAUGUUGAAAAUUUACUUGGAGCAGGACUUGACGAUAAUUCUCCUGAUAGAAACAAUGAUUUAGGGUUCUUAGAGUAUUGUAAUAAAAAACAGGAACAAGAAGAAAGUGACUAUUAUAGUAAUAAUAAAUUUUAUUUUGAUGAGGAGAAAGUAGUGAAAGUUAAAAAUGAACAACAAAUGGAAGAAAUUGUAGCGGGGGGUUGCAAUUUGGGUCAAGCUUUUGAUCAAAUGGGUAAAGAAGAUUGGAGUUUUAGUUAUGAUCAGUCAUCGCUAGUGACCGGAGAUGAAGAAGAGGAGGAGAAGGUAGCACUUCCCGCUGUGACUAACACAACAGUAAAAGUGGUGAGUAGCGAUCAACAUAAGAAAGAAAUGAAAAGGGAUGUGUCUUUGAGGCUAAAUUAUGAAGCUGUUAUCACUGCUUGGGCUAGCCAUGGCUCUCCCUGGACUACCGGAACCCGACCUGAGCUUAAUCCUGAUGAUUGCUGGCCUGACUGCUUGGGUACAUGCCCUAAGGAUGGUCAUCAUCACCCAUAUAGAGGACACAAUGGAGGAGGAAAUGGAGGAAGAGAAGCAAGAGUACUAAGGUACAAAGAGAAGCGAAGGACGCGGUUGUUUUCGAAGAAAAUAAGGUACGAGGUAAGAAAAUUGAAUGCAGAAAAAAGGCCUAGAUUGCAAGGCAGGUUUGUUAAGAGGACAUCAUUCAUGGGAGCUACUUUUCCUUAAUUACAUCAACAAAAAAGUUAACUGUUUUAACUACCAUAUACCAGUGUUUGCUUCUUGUUUCUGCAAACAUGGAUAUAUGGAUAUUUUUUAGGGCUAGUAAUUAAUAUAGUUAUUUGGUCAAUUAAUUAAGCUAAGGGAUGUAACUUAGGCAGUUACCUCCUCCUUCUUCCUGCUGUCCAUCUCCUGACAGUAAUGUAAUGAAUGCUUAUUCUGUGUUCAAUAAAUAUCUCUUUGUCUUAAAUUGUAAACA